AUGACGUUGCUAUUCGUGUGUUUCUACACAACGCUGCUUGUGUACAUGGUAUACAACUCCAACGAUGACGGCGGCGGUACGGGAUUAGGGUUCGGUCAUGUGGACUUCAGACACCCGAUGUUCUAUCGCCAGAACAUGAUCCUAGGUGACCAGUCCCCGGGACGCGGUGGCAUCGUGGCUCCACCGGGAGCCAAUUUACCGGUUUCUGACAACACUAUUCAGCGAGUUCUGCCGAGACAUAACACAGGAUACUCAGAUGAUUGCGUUAAACUGCACUUCUCUAACAAGCCACUGCCGUUAGUUGCUCUCGCCAGCUUCCCCGGUUCUGGCAACACAUGGGUUAGGCAUUUACUACAACAAGCCACGGGUAUUUACACAGGUAGUAUAUAUAACGAUAAAAGUUUGAAACGUGAAGGUUUCGAUGGAGAAGGUUUUACAGAUAACUCCGUGAUUGUUGUCAAGACGCAUGAAUGGGAUAAUCACACUUUGUCCAAAUACCAGAAGGCCGUAUUAAUUGUGCGGGACCCGUUUGACGCUAUACGAUCCGAGUUCAACCGCCACUAUGGCGGCCAUCGAGGAGUCGCUGCUAAAUCCAAAUACACCACAGGAAAGAUUUGGCAAGAUUUUGUAUAUGGAAAGGCACAGUCGUGGACAAAUACGGUAAUAGAAUGGUUAAAAUUCCGUGGACCUCUGCUGUUAGUCAGAUACGAAAAUAUGAAAUCGAACUCCAUGGGGGAACUCGUUCGAAUUCUCAAGUUCUUGGGGCAUGACGUGACUAAGGAACGCCUUCAAUGUGUUAGUCGCAACUCGCAGGGAAAAUUUAAGCGAAUCGCGAAGGACUAUCUAGAUUUCAAUCCAUAUACAGCCGAUAUGGUGGAAACGAUAACUAUAUAUAAACAGACAGUGGAUAUGGCCAUACAGUUAUACACGCUACAACAGUGCCAGGAGAAUAAGGACACCAGUUUUUUCCAGAUAAAUUGUACUGAGAUAUACAUGAAAUACAGCAGCUAA